CUUUCCCCUCUCCCCUCAGUGACGUCUUCCAUCCUCGUCUCCUUUCCCAUCGCUACCCGGGACCAUGAGCGAAAAGGCUCGUUUGAAAUGCACCGUCUAUGUGGGGGGCCUGGACCAGGCCGUGACGAUGCAGACGCUGGCCGAAGCAUUCGUUCCCUUUGGUGAAGUCGUCGAUAUCACCCUCCCCAAGCCCGAUCUCCCCAACUCGAACGAGCUCCACCGCGGGUUCGGCUAUGUGGAGUUUGACCUGCCCGAGGAUGCGAGAGAGGCAAUCGACAACAUGGAUGGGAGCGAAUUAUACGGUCGGACGAUCAAGGUUGCUGCUGCGAAGCCACAGAAGGAUAGCAACGAAGGACUCGGCAGCAAGACAGCUAUCUGGGAACAGGAGGGCUACCUGGCCAAAUAUGCUGUCGACGAGGAAGACAAAUUGGCCGCCGACGAGGCCCAGGCAGACGGGAACGAACGUCAAGACCCCAUGCAGGGACUGGAGGAGCUGGACGUGGCCGGACCCAAGCCGGAAUGAGCACUAUCACGAUGCAACUCGCGCCAGGGAAAGAAGCAGAGAAGGCGGCGACAGUAAUAUUGCGAUAUUACUUCAUCAGAACCCUUCGUUUAAAGCCGUACUAUUUACACGCGCUCCAACCCCGAGCCUGAGAAAUUUCGAGCAUUCCAUUCUUCUCUGCCGCUGCGCGACAGGGUCCAACUAUCCCGUGAAUGAUACAGAUCGCCGACAAAAUCAACCAGAGAAUCGCCUCAUUGCAAUUGGAAUCAAAUGUGAUGGUACAUUCUUAGUGGUCACGCUCCUCGGGGUUGUUGCGGUAGAGACGGAGGGUCUUGUCGGUCAUGAGCUUCUUGGAGCUGGAGUAGAUGGCAGCACCGACGGCGACACUGCGAUGGAACUGCGUCAGCGAAAGGCAGAGAGGACUGCGGGAGUGGGAGGGGUAGGAGGAGACUGGGCUGAUCUUCCAGACAUGUCAUCUAGAACCCAUAGGAUAUCGGGAAAAGAACAUACCCAAGGAC